AUGGUUUCAAAAACCACGCGAGCUGCUACUGCAGCAGCAAGAAGCGUGGCUGCACGCAUGGGUGCGGCCGAGAAAUGUGCCUCUCACACCUCGGCAGAAGGCGAUUCUUCGCCUGUUGUCGUGAAUCCUCCACGUGGUGUAUCACCACGUGCGACCGGUACAUCCGCUGCGCCUGCAGCGAGUACUGCGAGUCGUAAUCAAGACGAGUCUGAGAUGGAGCUCAUCUAUUCUGGAUAUUCAGAUGAUGUAUCGGACUCGAAGGCGACACCUCACGCCUCCGGGUCAGCCGGGGUGGACACUGCAAACGCCAGGUUGACUGGCUCUGGUCAGCGCGGCAGUAGCAUGACCGGGAUCUUCGGAUCGAGUAGUUAUUCCGAUAAAUUUUCGUCUCGCGCAAGUCCGUCUAUCGAUAGGACGCGUGGGGAUGGUGGUGAUGCACCUAUACAUCACCACGAGCGAAGUAACUCGAGGGAUCGAGGUGUCACUGGUGUCAGCGCUCACGCUGGCACCAAUCAAGAGGCCAGAGACCGAAAUGUCCAGCGCCACGCUCCCUAA